AUGGCAGAUAACAAAGGAACAAAGGGCCGUAGUACUGCUGCUGCUGCUGCAGGUCCAUCAACAGGAUCAACUAGUACAUCAUCAUCAUCAUCAUCAUCAGCUGCUGCUGCUGCUGCAGCAGCAGCAGCAGCAGCAGCAGGAGUAGGAGGAGGAGGAGGGAGUAAUGCACCUCAGGCCAGAGAGGAUGCAGAGGGUUGGGUAUUGCCUAUAGAUGCAGACCCUGAUGAACUGCAGAGCGAGCCAGCGGUUUCGUUGGGGGAGUCGCCAGAUAGGCAAACCUCACGAGAGGUCUCAGCAGCCGAUGGUCUCUCUCUUCUUCCCGAUUCAGGGGAUGAGAGUGAUGAUCCAGCGUGUGCGGAUUCCUCAACAUCGUAUUUCGUCCGCCAAGCUCCCGAUGCUGACGUGCUGAGUGUACGGACGUAUGACCUCAGCAUUACUUAUGACAAAUACUUCCAGACGCCGCGGCUUUGGUUGUUUGGGUAUAAUGAGAGCGGCACCCCAUUGACUCCUGCGGAAAUCUUUGAAGAUAUACUCACGGACUAUGCGGCUAAGACAGUGACUGUAGACCCUCAUCCUUGCACGGGAGUCCCUACGGCCUCUAUUCAUCCUUGCAAGCACGCACAAGUGAUGAAGAAGGUUGUUGAUCAUUGGCGUUCUCAAGGCGUCGAGCCUCGGCCGGACUUGGCGUUAAUAGUGUUGCUCAAAUUUAUUUCGAGCGUCGUCCCAACAAUUGACUACGACUUUACGAUGGAUAUAGACAUGGGCUUAUGUGGCCCACAGACAAGCAAACAGCAGCCCUAA